GCUCCCCGCCUCACUUUGUCUCAAUCUGGGCGCAAAGAAGGUCUCAGCAAUCCCCCGCCUCGCCUUGAAACUCUCCCAUCACCCUCCCCCCAGGGCUCCCAGAGCCAGCUCAGACCUCGGCUGAGAGUUGAAAGCCUCUUCUGACACCUCAAUCAGCAUCUUUUUCGGCACAGCGGGAGUUGGGAAUUUUCCACAGCUGGAGUGCUGCCUUCGGACAGCGCAGGGCAAAUUCCCCAUGAUCCCUGGAGGCGCUAAGCACCGCCUGCCUGUCUGCCCCACGCUGGCUCCUGAUAGGCUGCCGAAGCUGUCCGUUUUGACAGGGUGCUCUGCGCAGGCGCGGAAAGGUACUGGGCUUAGGCUGAGUGCCGGGGUCGUGGAGCUUCUCGUUCGGUCCGACAUGGCAGAGGUAGAGGAAACACUGAAGCGACUUCAGAGCCAAAAGGGAGUGCAGGGAAUCAUCGUGGUGAACACAGAAGGAGGCAACAGGUUGGGAGCACUCAGGACACUGUGGGAGGCAGGAGCGGGUUCCAGCUCAGGUCUGCCACUGAUCAGUGACCCUGCAAGGCAGAAGUGUUUGCCCAUUUUUCGGAUGAGAAACCUGAAGCUGAAAGAGGUGAGGUGACCUGCCCAAGGUCACCCAGCUGUGGAUGAAAUGGUCAGAACUCACUGCUCCAUGGGGCCUUUAAGCCUUCUGGAAGCUUCCAUUAAGGAUGACUAGUUGGGGCCGACCCCGUGGCUUAGCGGUUGAGUGCGCAUGCUCUGCUCCUGGCGGCCCGGGUUCGGAUCCCUGGUGCGCACCGACGUACCGCUUCUCCGGCUAUGCUGAGGCCGCGUCCCACGUACAGCAACUAGAAGGAUGUGCAACUAUGACAUACAACUAUCUACUGGGGCUUUGGGGGAAAUAAAUAAAUAAAUAAAAUUAUUUAAAAA